AUGGCUUGUGAAGAGCAACUUCAGAAGAAACGUACUCAUGUAGUGGAUGGCUGGAUCCAGAGUGUAGAAGCCAUGGAAAAAGAAGUGAAUGAUUUAUUGGCAAAAGGUGAUGAAGAAAUCCAGAAGAAAUGUCUCGGAACCUGUUGUCCCAAAAAUUGUCGUGCCAGCUACAAGAUUGGGAAGAUGGUACGUGGAAAGAUGGAUGAUGUGGCUUUAAAGAAGACGGAGGGCUUAAAUUUCAGUGUGGUGGCUGAACCUCUGCCCACUCCCCCCUUGAUCGAGAGGCCUUUGGACAAGACGGUGGGCUUAGAUUCAUUGUUUGACCACGUUUGUAUGCAACUCCAGGAUGACAAAGUAGGAAGUGUCGGAUUAUAUGGCAUGGGGGGUGUGGGCAAAACCACCCUCUUGAACAGGAUCAACAAUGAGUUCCUCAAAUCCAGAGUUGGGUUUGACACAGUGAUUUGGGUGACUGUGUCCAGACAAGCCAAUGUGGAAAAGGUCCAGCAAGUUCUUUUCAAAAAAUUGGAGAUUCCCAAAGAUAAAUGGGAAGGUAGUAGUGAGGAUGAAAGGAAAGAAGCAAUAUUCAAUGUCUUGAAGACGAAGAAAUGUGUGGUCUUAUUGGAUGAUAUUUGGGAGCCUCUUGAUCUGUUUGCAGUGGGGAUUCCUCCUGUAAAUGAUGGAAGUAAGUCCAAGGUGGUAUUUACCACUCGUUUUUCAACUGUGUGCCGAGAUAUGGGAGCUAAGAAGAGCAUUGAAGUCAAGUGCUUAGCAAGAAAGGAAGCAUUUGCUCUGUUUCAGACAUAUGUAGGAGAAGACACUAUAAAUUCCCACCCAGAGAUACCAAAGCUGGCGCAGAUUGUUGCCGAAGAGUGUGACGGCCUCCCACUUGCCCUCAUCAUCAUAGGACGAGCAAUGGCAGGAACAAAAACGCCUGAGGAAUGGGAUAAAAAAAUACAACAGUUGAAGAAUUAUCCAGCAAAGUUUCCAGGUAUGGAGAAGCUUUUGUUUCCGCAUUUAGCGUUCAGUUAUGAUAGCCUACAAGAUGAAGCCACCAAAUCAUGCUUCCUGUAUUGCUCUUUAUUUCCGGAGGAUUAUGACAUUGAUUGUAAUGAACUUGUACAACUAUGGAUUGGAGAGGGGUUUCUAGAUAAAUACGGUAACAUAAAAGAUGCAACAAAUGGAGGAGAAGAUAUUAUUGCAAGUUUAAAUCAUGCAUGCCUGUUGGAGAUUAAUGUCGAUAUAUCGACCCGGCAAAGAUUGGUGAAGGUGCAUGAUGUCAUCCGUGAAAUGGCUUUGUGGUUAGCUUGUCAAAACGGGAAUAAGAAGCAAAACAGAUUUGUGUUUGUAGAUAAAUAUGAAUUGGUUACUUCUCAAGAAGUUGAAAAUUGGGAGGGCACACAAAGGAUAUCAUUUGUCACUGCUACUUUUGAAGAACCCAUGAAACCACCAUCUUUUCCUAAUCUUCAGACUUUGCUGCUAUUUGUUAAUUGGAGGAAACCAUUAUCAUUUCCAAGUGGGUUCUUCUCAUAUAUGCCUAUUAUAACAGUUUUGGACUUCGCAAACCUUUACAGUUUAAAUGAUUGGCCCAUGGAAAUUGGCAAAUUAGUUACUUUACAAUAUCUUAAUUUGUCUGGUACAGGGAUUAGAAAGAUACCAAUGGAGCUCAGGAAUUUGAAAAAACUGAGGUUUUUGAUAUUGGAUAAUAUGCCACAACUUGACAUAAUUCCUUCUCAAGUCAUAUCAGGUCUUUCAUCCUUGCAAUUGUUUCGUAUUAUAGAUUCCGAUAAAGCUACCCACGGAGAUUGUAGAGCCUUAUUAGAGGAGUUAGAGGGGUUGAAAUGCAUGGGAGAAGUAUCCAUUAAUCUCGAUAAUGUUCUUUCCAUCCAAACAUUAUUGAACUCCCACAAGUUUCAGAGGUGCUUGAAACACUUGAAGGUAGAAGGCAGCUGGGAUAUGAACUUACUCCACCUGUCAUUUCCUUAUUUGAAGGAGAUUGACGUCAACGAUUGUUCGAAGUUGGAAGAUGUGACAAUCAAUUUGGAAAAGAAAGUGGUCCACUCAACAUUCCUAAGGCAUCAGUACUUAAACCACCUUUCUGAUGUAACAAUAUUAAAUUGUGAAAAUUUGAUGAACUUGACAUGCCUUAUUUAUGCUCCAAAACUUAAGUUUCUAUACAUUCGGUAUUGUGCCUCUUUGCAAGAAGUGAUACAAGUUGAUGAGUGUGGAGUUUCAGAAAUUGAAUCUGACUUGGGCCUAUUUUCAAGACUUAGUCAUCUUUAUUUGGAGCAUCUGGAAAAGCUAAGGAGUAUAUGCAAAUGGAGCUUGCUCUUUCCUUCCUUAAAAGUGAUGAAUGUGGUUGGAUGUCCCCAUUUGAGGAAACUACCUUUUGAUUCCAACAUCAGGAAUAGUAAGAAUUUAAAAGAAAUCGGUGGAGAAGAAGAAUGGUGGGAGAAGUUGGAGUGGGCGGACCAAACCAUUUUGCACAACCUCACUCCAUAUUUCAAGCCUCAUCUGUGGUCGAUCGGCUCCCAUGCAUGA